AUGACGAGGCAGCGUUCGUGUGGGGUACACAGAAUUGAGAUUGAGGACACGAAAGACGAUGACGUAUGGGGAUUAAAGAUUGAGGAGGUAUUAGAUUAUAAAGAUUCCAAGAGGUCUUUAAUCGCCCUAAUGUAUCAGUCCAAACUUGUGUCAAUGGAGACUGAACACAAAGAGAAGAAGAAGGAGACCGAAAUUGAAGAAAAAACAACAAUCGAGGCUUUUCCAUCAUUCGCUGGAACGUUACCACAAGAGGUACUGGUUCUCAUCAUUAGUUUUGGACAAGUAGGACGUGUAUGCAAGUCAUGGAGUCUUGCGAGCAUUACAGUCGCUCGUCGUCGAUUCUCAUCCAGACUUGCAGAUAUUUUACGUCCCUUGGACUCAAAUGCCGUAAUGGUGGCUCUUGAUGUCGAGACGGAGCUUUAUGCUGCCUAUGGACAAAGUUACUCGCUCACGAAAGCGUAUGCGCACAAGGCAAGGACACUUUUAUUUAAUUUAAAAGAUUCUCGGAACGUCGAUCUCCGUAAUCGACUCGUGUCUGGUGAACUCUCAUCUCAAAAUCUAGUGCGAAUGAGUGGUCCGGACAUGGCCAAUCCACAGCUCGUACGUCAGCGGAAAGAAUGGAUUAAGAAACGGACAUACGAAGUCAUGCGUGACGGUCGAGAAGUCGAAGGUUUUGAAUCGGAUUUGUUUGAAUGUCGCAAUUGUGGCAGCUCACAAACACGUUAUCGCCAAUGGCGUCGCAAAGCGGUAGUGGAUCGGACACGGAUAAUUGUCAUAUGUCUGAGGUGUCCCUAUCGAUGGGAGUUGUAA